GUCAGUCUCUGGUCACAUUACAACGAGUGACAGACCCGUAGACAUUCAUCUUAAACAUCUCCGCACGGAGUAUCAACCGUCUUCCAUGUUUCGUCCUCGGUGGAGACACUCACAAGCCCGAUGCCACGGCAUUCGAGCGGCUCGCAGAGUUAUUGAGGCCCGAAAAUGGCCGAGCAGCGGUGAGCCGUGCCCAAGGCGUUGGCACGGUCGAAGAAGUGGUAGCAACCGUCAGCAGGCCGCGAUUAGAUGGACAGUGUCCAUGCACAGAGUGUUCCGACGGCGACUUCGGAUGCACGCACAGCCAUUUGCAGCGACAACGUACACGUUGCUUGUGUACGGCACAUUCUACGCAGCGGCUAUAGCUUGUCUGAGCUUCU